AAAACUAGUGUCAUGCCUUAUUUCAUUUCACAGUCUCACUUUCACUCUCUCUGAUUUCAUUUCUUAGUUUUCUCUUUUCCUUCUUUCUUUAUUCUUUCUCCUUUGAAACCCUCUCUUCCUGGAGAUCGGUUUUUCACAGCCACGAGACCUGUUUUAUGACCUAGAUUCAGGAGAGCGGUUGUAAAGGGAACACAUGCUAUAGUAAAGGGAACACAAGCUAUAUUGAAGUUAUGUUGGGUUAUCUUUCUGAUACUUUUCUAUUUCGUUGAUUGUUUUAAUUGCUCUUCCUCUGUAAUUCUGUUUAAGAUUUCUAUGGUUUACAAGUAAUGACUGUAACUUUGAGGUUUCUAUCAUCAGGCACUGUAAUUGACUGCAAAAGUAAUGGAAGAUAAUCCUCCCUCAAGUCUUUUAGAUGGGGUGGUUAUUGGAGUCAAAUUUGGUAUGGCUACACGCAAGGAAAUUUGUACAGCAUCGAUCAGUGACUCUUCAAUUAGUCAUGCUAGUCAGCUGUCAAAUCCCUUCCUUGGUCUACCCCUUGAAUUUGGCAGAUGUGAAUCUUGUGGUACUUCUGAAGCAGGAAAAUGUGAAGGCCACUUUGGAUAUAUUGAGCUACCAACUCCAAUAUAUCACCCUAGUCAUAUUAGUGAGUUGAAACGGAUGCUGAGCCUUGUCUGUUUAAACUGCUUGAAAAUGAGGAAAAGCAAGCCUUCAGCAUCAGGCAGUGGCUUUGUGCAGAGAUUAGUAUCUCCUUGUUGUGAGGUUAGUGCUGCUGAAGUUUCUAUAAGGGAUGUUAAAACAAGUGAUGGGGCUUGUUAUCUAGCACUCAAGGUAUCCAAAUCCAAGAUGCAUCCUGAUUUUUGGGGUUUUUUAGAAAAAUAUGGCUAUCGCUAUGAGGGUGAUCAUACUCGAGCCUUACUUCCUUGUGAGGCAAUGGAAAUUAUUAAGAGAAUCCCAUUAGAAACCAAAAGAAAGCUUGCUGGAAAAGGGUAUUUUCCUCAAGAUGGAUAUCUUUUGAAGUAUCUUCCAGUGCCACCUAAUUGCUUGUCAGUACCAGAAGUUUCAGAUGGCGUUAGUGUCAUGGCUUCGGAUCCUUCCAUUACAAUUCUCAGAAAAUUGCUCAGGAAGGUUGAAAUCAUCAAAAGUUCUAGAUCUGGAGAACCAAAUUUUGAGUCUCAUCACGUGGAAGCAAAUGAUUUGCAGUCAGUUGUUGAUCAGUAUUUUCAAAUUAGGGGCACUUCUAAGGCAGCACGUGCUAUUGAAACACGUUUUGGGGUUAAUAAAGAGCUUAAUGAAUCAUCAACGAAAGCAUGGCUAGAGAAAAUGCGGACUUUAUUUAUAAGAAAAGGUUCAGGUUUUUCUUCCCGGAAUGUGAUAACUGGAGAUUGUUAUAGAAGGAUAAAUGAAGUAGGGAUUCCGGUUGAAGUUGCCCAACGAGUAACAUUUGAGGAGAGAGUUAACAUCCAUAACAUAGGUUAUUUGCAGAAAUUAGUUGAUGAAAAUCUGUGCCUUACUUACAAGGAGGGUAUGUCAACUUUUUCACUCAGGGAUGGCUCAAAGGGUCACAUAUAUUUGAAGCCUGGUCAGAUAGUACAGCGAAGGAUUAUGGACGGGGAUAUCGUCUUCAUUAACAGGCCACCUACAACACACAAACACUCUUUACAGGCACUUUUUGUUUACAUCCAUGAUGACCACACUGUGAAAAUAAAUCCUUUAAUUUGUGGACCACUUGGGGCUGAUUUUGAUGGUGAUUGUGUCCAUCUGUUUUAUCCACAGUCACUAGCUGCCAAAGCAGAAGUUGUGGAGUUAUUUUCUGUCGAGAAUCAACUGCUCAGCUCUCACAGUGGCAAUUUGAAUUUACAGUUAACCACAGAUUCGUUGUUGUCACUGAAGAUGUUGGUCAAGAGAUGUUUUUUUGAUAGAGUGGCAGCUAAUCAAUUGGCUAUGUUUCUUGUACCUUUGCCUCAAGCUGGUUUGAUGAAGGCCAAUUCUGGUAAUUCUUAUUGGACUUCCAUCCAAAUGUUACAGUGUGCUCUCCCUUUGUGUUUUGAUUGCUCUGGGGGACGGUAUUUGAUUAGGCAGAGUGAAAUCUUAGAAUUCGAUUUUAAUAGGGAUGUUUUGCCUGCAACAGUAAAUGAAAUAGCAGCCUCAAUUUUCUUUAGCAAGGGUCCAAAGGAGGCACUGAAGUUCUUUGAUGUGUUGCAGCCUUUUUUGAUGGAAAGUAUAUUUGCUGAUGGGUUUAGUGUUAGCCUGCAAGAUUUUUCCAUAUCCAGGGCAAUUAAAAGAAUUAUAAGCAGAAGCAUAGGAAAACUUUCUUCUCUCUUGUAUCAGCUGAGGUCUGUUUACAACGAGCUGGUGGCGCAACAAUUGGAGAAGCUUAUUCGUGAUAUUGAACUUCCUGUUAUUAAUUUUGCUCUAAAGUCAACCAAACUAGGAGAUUUAAUUGAUUCAAAGAGUAAAUCUGCAAUUGAUAAGGUUGUUCAGCAGAUUGGUUUCUUAGGGCAGCAACUUUUUGAUAGGGGAAAAUUCUAUUCAAAAGGAUUGGUGGAAGAUGUAACAUCUCAUUUUCACGUGAAGUGUUGUUAUGAUGGGGAUGGUUAUCCCUCUGCUGAGUAUGGGUUGCUCAAAGGGUCUUUUUUCAAUGGUUUGGAUCCAUAUGAAGAGAUGGUGCAUUCAAUUUCAACAAGGGAAAUAAUGGUGCGUUCUUCAAGGGGAUUAUCUGAACCAGGAACGCUCUUCAAGAAUUUGAUGGCCAUUCUUCGGGAUGUUGUUAUCUGUUAUGAUGGAACUGUUAGAAAUAUUUGCAGUAAUUCCAUUAUCCAGUUUGAAUAUGGAUUAGAGAAAACUGAGCACCUAUUCCCUGCUGGUGAGCCUGUAGGCGUCUUAGCAGCAACUGCUAUGUCAAAUCCUGCUUACAAAGCUGUCCUUGAUGCUAGUCCCAGUAGCAAUUCCUCAUGGGAGUUGAUGAAGGAAAUACUACAAUGCAAGGUCAAUUUUAAGAAUGAACCUGUUGAUCGGCGUGUUAUUUUGUACCUGAACGACUGUGAUUGUGGAGGGAGUUAUUGUCGUGAAAAUGCGGCAUAUAAAGUUAAAGAUCAAUUGAGAAAAGUCAAUCUUAAGGAUGCAUCAGUGGAGUUUAUUAUUGAAUACCAAGAACAGCGGAUGCGAAAGGGAAAUUCUGAAACCGAUGCUGGACUUGUUGGUCAUAUUUAUCUGGACGAGAUGAUGUUAGAAGAGCUGAAGAUCAGCAUGGCCAACAUUUUUCAGAAAUGCUCGGAUAGACUAAAAUCCUUUAGUCGGAGAAAGAAAGCUAAUGAAUUUCUGAAUAAGACCGAAUUGUCGUUUAGUGAGUCUUGCUCGGCUUCACAUUCUGCUGCCCCGUGUUUAACAUUCAUUUGGGUUGAUGAUCGUAAUAAUGAAUUUGAUCGAACUGUAAAGAUCCUAUCGGAAGAAAUCUGCCCUGUGCUGUUAGAUACAAUAAUCCAAGGAGACCCACGCAUUAGCUCUGCAAGUAUAAUUUGGGUUAGUCCGGAUACAAACACAUGGGUUCGAAACCCUUAUAAAUCUUCUAAUGGUGAACUGGCACUGGAUAUUAUUCUUGAGAAGGAUGUAGUCAAGCAGAGUGGUGAUGCUUGGAGGAUUGUACUUGAUUCCUGCCUUCCUGUUCUUCAUUUGAUUGAUACCAGGCGUUCAAUCCCAUACGCUAUUAAGCAGAUUCAAGAAUUGUUGGGGAUAUCUUGCACUUUUGAUCAAGCGAUUCAGCGUGUUGCGGCAUCUGUGAAAAUGGUGGCAAAAGGUGUUCUUAGAGAGCAUCUAAUUUUGUUAGCUAGUAGUAUGACAUGUGGUGGGAACCUGGUUGGCUUUAACACAGGGGGAUAUAAAGCCCUCUGUCGACAACUAAAUAUUCAAGUACCAUUCACAGAUGCAACACUCUUUACACCUAAAAAAUGUUUUGAGCGAGCUGCUGCGAAAUGUCAUACUGACUCUCUGUCAAGCGUAGUUGCAUCCUGUUCCUGGGGUAAACAUGUGGCAGUUGGUACAGGAUCAAAAUUUGAUGUUGUUUGGGAUGCAAAUAAGAUAAGAUCAAGUGAAAUUAAAGGAAUGGAUGUUUACAGUUUUCUUCACAUGGUUGGAGGUCAUACUGAUGGGGAAGAAGAAACUGAUGCUUGUUUGGGUGAAGAUAUUGAUGAUUUGCUGGAAGAAGAAAAUUUGGAUUUGGAAAUGUCCUCACCACAUAACUCUGGUUUUAAGGCUGUCUUCGAAGACAAUCCUGAAGUACUGAAUGAUUCAACAUCCAAUGGUUGGGAUGUAAAUUUAAAUCAGAGUGAAUCAAAAUCAAAUGGUUGGGGUGCAAACAUAACAGGUCAGGCAAACACAAAUUCUAAUGAAUGGUCUGGCUGGGGAAACAAUAAUUCUGAAAUACCAGCCGGUGGAACCGAAAAUAUGCAAGGCUCUUGGGGCUCUGGUAGGAGGAAAGAUGUAACCCAAGAAGACAAUUUUGCAUCAGGUGCUUGGGGUGCAAACAGAACAGAUCAUACAGAAACAAAAUCUAAUGACUGGGGAAGGAAUAAUAAGUCUGAAAUACUUGCUAGUGGAUCUGAAAAAGAUUCUUGGGGCUCAAGUAAAUUGAAAGAUGAUGUACGAAAAAACAAUAUUGGUUCUAGUGCUUGGGAUGCAGGAAGCACAGGUCAGACAAAAGCAAAAUCUAAUGAAUGGUCUGGAUGGGGAAAUAAUCAGUCUGAAAUACCAGCUGGUGGAUCAGAAAAUGUGCGAGAUUCCUGGGGCUCUGACAAGGGGAAAGAUGAUGUUACCCAAGUAGACAACUCCGCAUAUGGUUCUUGGGGUGGAAACAGAAGAGAUCAGACAAAAGCAAAAUCUAAUGAAUCGUCAGGCUGGGGAAGGAAUCAAUCAGAAAUGCAACCUGGAGGAUCUAAAAAUGUAAGAGAAGAUUCUUGGGACUCAGGUAAAUUGAAAGAUGAUACCCAAAAUGACAAUUCUGAGUCUGGUGCCUGGGGUGCAAGCAGCAAAGGCCAGAUAGAAUCAAAAUCUAAUGAAUGGUCAGGCUGGGGGAAGAAUAAGUCUGAAAAAGCCGGUGAAUUUGAAAAUGUGCAGGAUUCUUGGGGCUCGGGUAAGAGGAAAGAUGUUACCCAAGUAGACAAUUCUGAGUCUGGUGCCUGGGGUGCAAGAAGCACAGGCCAGAUAGAAUCAAAAUCUAAUGAAUGGUCAGGCUGGGGGAAGAAUAAGUCUGAAAAAGCUGGUGAAUUUGAAAAUGUGCAGGAUUCUUGGGGCUCUGGUAAGAGGAAAGAUGUUACCCAAGUAGACAACUCUGUGUCUGGUUCUUGGGGUGGAAGCAGAGGAGAUCAAACUAACACAAAAUCUAAUGAAUUGUCUGGCUGGGGAAGGAAUAAAUCGGUAAUACCAGCUAGCGGAACUGAAAAUGCACAAGAUUCUUGGGGCUCAAGUAUAUUGAAAGAUGAUGUUACCCAGAAAGAUAAUUCCACCUCUGGUUCUUGGGGUGCAAACAAAACAGGUUCGUCAAAAACUGAAGUAGAUGAGUGGGCUAGAAAUAAAGUUGAGGCAAUAGAUGGUGGGUCAGAAAAGCCCCAAGAAGAUUCUUGGAACUCAGGUAAUUGGAAAGCUGACUCAAAAGUUGGCAAUAACUCUUGGGGAAAAGCCAAAUCCUCUGGAAGUCAAUCAUGGGAUUCCCAAAAUCAGUCAAAUCAAAAUUCAACUUCACGGGGAUGGGAAUCACAUAUUGCUUCAGCUAAUUCAGAUAGUGAGAAAGGUUUUCAGUGGGGUAAGCAAGGUAGAGAAUCUUUCAAGAAAAAUCGCUUUGAAGGUUCACAAGGUCGCGGUCCAAAUGGUGGCGACUGGAAAAAUAGGAAUCGCCCACCUAGACCACCUGGACAGAGAUUGGACUUAUAUUCAUCUGAGGAGCAGGAUGUGCUGAAGGAGAUCGAACCUAUUAUGCAGUCUAUCAGACGAAUCAUGCAACAACAGGGGUACAACGAUGGGGACCCGCUGGCUGCUGAAGAUCAACAAUUUAUACUUGAGAAUGUCUUUGAGCACCACCCAGAUAAAGAAACCAAAAUGGGUGCUGGAAUUGAUUAUGUCAUGGUUAACAGACACAGCAGUUUUCAGGAUAGCAGAUGCUUUUUCGUGGUUUUGAAAGAUGGUCGAAGAGAAGAUUUUUCCUACCGUAAAUGCUUGGAUAACCGGAUAAGAAAGAAGUAUCCAGCUGACCUUGCUGAAGCAUUCGUCAAUAAAUAUUUUCGAGUUUUCCGUAAUAGGGGGGACCAAACUGCAAACCCAAGGGGGGACCAGACUAGAAUGCCAGUGCAGGACGAAGCUUCUACACCGGCUGACCAGACCUCAACACCCGGCCCUGUGGAAACGAAUGAGUAGAUUACAGACUUUGUUCAUAAAUUGUACAGAAGCGGCGUAGUUAAGGCCACUGAAUAGUUUUUGCAUAGAUGGCCAAUUUUCCUAUCGGAAAUUUAUCCUCUUUUCGGUGACAGGUGACAGUUGGAUGGUAAUUUUUGUAACCUGGGAAUCAUGCAUCUUUGUGCACAUGUUAAUAUUCUUACUGAUUACAGCACAUGGUGUAAUGAUUUUUGAACCUUUAAUUCUGCCAUUGACUGGACCAUCGAUAUCAAAAUGACAUGCUUCUUAUUAGAGUUUCAUCA